AUGAGCCACUCUGCAGAGAUUGAAAGCCUGGCUGCUGAGUUGCACCGCAAUGCCAUUGCGAUCUCGCUGUACUGCGAACAAUCGAACAUUCCGCAUAAGAGCUUGAAGAGCGUCACCCCUGCGACGUUGAUUCCAGAUGACGCUCCUGCUUCGCUGCAAGCGGCCAAAGAAAGAAUCAAGGAAGCAGCUCUUCGCCUGACACAGCUCGCAAGCGAUCCACGAGAGUUCUUGAACUCGUUCCAAGUUGAGUAUCAACAACUGGCUUGCUUGAGGUGGCUAUGCCAUUUCAAGAUACCUGAGCAAGUACCUCUGAGUACAUCCAUGUCUUACGAAGCUGUAGCUGCGGCUACCAAAGUUCCUGUCAGGCAACUGAAGUCGGCUGCGCGCAUGGCGAUAACAAGAAACUUCCUGCAGGAGCCUGAGCCAGGGCAAUUGGCACAUAGCUCCAUCUCGGCUGCGUUUGUUAAUGUUCCGUCUUUCAAUGAUUGGGCAGUCUUCAUGGCUUCAACCUCCGCCAUGGUUGCUACAAAUCUCGUUGAGGCCACUCAGAAGUACGGCGAAACAAAGUCGAAGUGUGAGACAGCGUACAAUGUCUGGCAGCAUACUGACCUUCCAUUUUUUGAUCAUCUCCAACUGGAUCAAGAACGUACACGUCAGUUCGCGAGCUAUAUGAAGAAUGUGACAUCUGCAAAGGGGACGAGCAUCGAGCAUCUCCUCACUGGAUACGAUUGGGACUCACUGGGGAAUGCUACCGUGAUUGAUCUCGGUGGCUCCAACGGCCAUGCUUCCAUCGCUCUGGCUCGGCACUUUCCUAACCUGCAGUUCAUCGUUCAGGACCUCGCUGAGACGAUCGAAAAGUCUCGUCCAAACAUGGACUCCUUCGACCUCAAAGAUCGAAUUACAUACGAGGGUCAUAAUUUCUUCACUCCCGAACCUCGCCAGAACGUCGACGCUUUCCUGCUCAGAAUGAUAAUUCACGAUUGGCCUGAUGCAGAAAGCAUCGAAAUCCUUCGCAACAUUGCGGGUUCAUUGAAACCUGGGGGCAGAAUCAUUAUCAUGGAUACAGUGCUGCCCGCUCCUGGUAGCGGUCCACGCUCUGUUGAAGCAGCUCUUCGAGUUCGUGACCUGGCCAUGCUUGAGACUCAUAACAGCAAGGAACGUGAACUGGAGGAAUGGGAGGCGCUUCUCAAAGCUGCAGACAGCAGACUCCAACUUCGAAGCACACAUCAGCCGUCUGGAUCUAUGAUGUCCGUGUUGGAGGUCGUGAGGGAUGAUUCGGUUUCAACUAACGGCCACUCGUAA